GGGAAUACAUUUUAUUAUUAUUAGUAAUUAAUUUCUGUGUUUUUUUUUGUUUGCGUAGUUGUCUUUUGCAUCCCGGAAAUUUCUUGGAGACGUUCAUCUCCGGUGUGAGCUUUUGUGGUGACCAGGAGACAAAAAUCUCUUCUUCUGAAGAAAAUUUUCCGGCUGUGAAGAAGUUGAGUGUGAAGAGAGCAACUUCAGAGUUGUUGAAACAAAACAAAACAAAAAAACUUAAGCUUCAGAACGAAGAAGAAGAGUUUGAUUAUGGAAACAAGCGACAGAAUUAGCUCUGGUGGUGGUAUCACCGUUAUAGGAGCUGAAGCUCCAUCUCCCUAUCACAUGGCUCCUAGGCCAUCUGAGACCCCUACUAACCAGUUUCUCGGGUCAUCUCUCUCCCCCAUGGAUCCCCCAAUGCCUUCUGGAGAAUCUUCAGGUAAGAAGAGGAGGGGCAGGCCUCGUAAAUAUGAAGCUAACAAUGGCACUCCCUCAUCAACUCCUCUUGUUAAGAGACGAGCAAGAGCCAAGCUCAAUGGUGGUUUUGAUAUCAACCUCCAUAAGAGCUCUGCUUUCCAUUCUUCUGGUGAAAGGUUUGGCGUUGGAUCCAAUUUUACACCGCAUAUAAUCACAGUGAACACUGGUGAGGAUAUUACCAUGAGGAUCAUCUCGUUUUCACAACAAGGACCACGAGCUAUUUGUAUCUUAUCAGCAAAUGGCGUGAUAUCUAACGUUACUCUUCGCCAGCCCGAUUCAUGUGGUGGUACUCUCACCUAUGAGGGUCGGUUUGAGAUACUUUCGCUCUCUGGUUCUUUCAUGGAAACAGAGAAUCAAGGAUCAAGAGGUCGGUCUGGUGGCAUGAGCGUCUCUUUGGCGGGUCCUGAUGGUCGUGUUGUUGGUGGUGGUGUGGCCGGUUUACUCAUUGCUGCCACUCCGAUUCAGGUUGUUGUUGGCAGCUUCAUAACGAGUGAUCAACAAGAUCAUCAGAAACCGAGGAAGCAAAGAGUGGAGCAUACCCCUGCAACUGCAACGGUGAUGUCAUUGCCAGCUCCUCCUCCUCCUCCUCCUCCGGCUUCUGUAUACUCAUCAUCAAACCCUGACAGAGAGCAGCCACCAUCUCCAUUUGGUAUCUCCAGCUGGACCAACGGACCGAGAAACUCAGCCACUGACAUCAACAUAUCUUUACCAGCUGACUGAGUCUCCAAAAGACGAAAAGAUUAGGUUUCAGAUUAACUCACUGCUGUCUGUACAAUGGGUUAGGAAGAUUGUUGAAUGUUAUCGUACGCAUACCUGGUAAUUGAAGCUGAAUCUUAGUUACUGUAAGCUUUUCUUGAGAGAACAACACAAUGAAAGCUUCUUCUGCUUUUUAGGGCAACUCUGUCUGAUGAUGACUUGUAGUAGUACUGAGAGGUCUAUUGCUUUUAAUUGCAGAUUCAUCUGUGUUUCCCUCUCUUUAGUUAGUUAAUUCCUAUACAGUAUUUUGAAGUUUUG